AUGCCUCCUCACCUCCACCCACGGUCGCGCAUGACGACUUCACUCUUUACAUCGACUCUGAUGAUUUCAUUCCUCGUCGUCGCAGCUCCACACAUCUUGCCAUGUCCCGUCGACCCGCGCACACUUGCCGACUCAGCAGACCCCACAGGAGAAAACAGAAUGCGACGGAGACGGAGAAUAUCCGAUGGUGAGGUCAAUGAAGACAACUUGAGUGAAGAAAGGAGGAGGAGGAGGCAGCUGAUUGAGGAGAAGCUGGCGGCCAAGCGCGAAUGUCCCGUCCCUAAGCCUGGCGGGCUGAUUGGCCAGGUCUUGGGCGUCCACGAGGAAGACCAGAAAGAACAGCAGCCGUCAAUUGUGCAGAGGGUAGAGAAGGCGAUAUGUAGGCCAUGGGGGAAGACUGGAGAUCAAUAA